AUGGGUGUGUCGGUUACUGAUUUAUCAAAUGGGUCCGAUAAAAUGAGUACUUCAAGCAGGUUGAGUGAUUGCAGACCUCAACAAAUGAUUCUUGAAAGAAACCAUUCAUUUGCUGAAACCAAACAAGAAAAUAUGGAGUCAGUCAAAGGUAAAAAACAAGUUCCGGUGAUUUCUCUGCCGGAGGCGGUGGUUUUUUGUUCUCCUAGGCCGGUUGCAGAGCUUGAUUCUGCAGCAACUAAGCUUCAAAAGGUUUAUAAGAGUUAUCGGACGAGAAGAAACCUUGCGGAUUGUGCGGUUAUAGUUGAAGAGCUGUGGUGGAAAGCUUUGGAUUUUGCUGCUCUGAGAAGAAGUUCGGUUUCGUUUUUUGAUGUUCAGAAACCUGAAACCGCUACGUCGCGUUGGGCUCGAGCAAGAACAAGAGCUGCUAAGGUUGGAAAAGGUUUAUCUAAAGAUGAAAAGGCGCAAAAGUUAGCAUUGCAACAUUGGCUUGAAGCUAUUGACCCGCGUCAUCGAUAUGGACACAAUCUUCACAUGUAUUAUGAUAUUUGGUUUGAAAGCCAAAGUACACAACCAUUUUUCUACUGGUUGGAUGUUGGAGAUGGUAAAGAAGUAAAUCUUGAAAAAUGUCCAAGGAACAAUACUCUACAACGCCAAUGCAUUAAAUAUCUUGGCCCAAAAGAAAGAGAAGUAUAUGAAGUAAUUGUUGAAAAGGGAAUGUUAGUGUAUAGACAAGAUGGAAGGCCUGUGAAUACUGAUGAGAAAUCAAAAUGGAUAUUUGUUCUAAGCACUACAAGAUCAUUGUAUGUUGGAAAAAAGCAAAAGGGUAAAUUUCAACACUCAAGUUUUCUCGCCGGUGGCGCAACCACGGCGGCCGGUAGAUUAGUAGCACGUCAUGGUGUUCUCGAGGCUAUUUGGCCAUAUAGUGGACACUACCAUCCAACAGAAGAGAAUUUCAAAGAAUUCAUAAGUUUUCUUGGAGAGCACAAAGUAGACCUAACAAAUGUAAAGAGAUGUGCCAUUGAUGAUGAUACAUAUUCAACAAAGUCAUUGAAUGACAUGAAUGAACCACAACAAACAAAGGUUCCUCCAACACCAAAAAUCAAUGCUAGUGAUAACAACAAUGUGACAACAAUUCAUAAAAUGGAUGUUGUUGCAGCAUUCAAUGCAACAAGGAGGUUGUCAUGCAAGUGGUCAACAGGGGCUGGUCCACGUAUUGGUUGUGUUCGUGACUAUCCUGAACACUUGCAAUCAAAGGCAUUGGAACAAGUCAAUUUGUCUCCAAGGCCUAGUUCCAUAAGACUCAACAAAUAUGGCCCAGUUCCUUCUCCUAGACCUAGUCCAAAAGUUAGGAUGUCGCCUAGGUUUGCUUAUAUGGGAUUGCCUAGUCCAAGAACCCCAAUUUCAAGUGCAAGUUAG